CUAUUGAAAUGGCACGGUUCAUAGGUUUCACUCGAAUUGUGCAAUGAUUUCCGGCUGGAUUCCUUGUUAUCCAAUAACAACCAAGCCCAGUCGGCUAUGUUGAAAAUCUAUAACUGAAACAGUACGAAGCGGAAUUCUUACAUCAGCUUUGCAGAGAAUUCAAUUAAUUUGGAAAGAUCAAAAGGGAUCACUUCUCAAGCAAAUGCAACAUGCCAGAAUUUUAUUCGCAGUUGUACUACAGAAAUCCGAUAAGAAAGCAAGGGGCACUUGUGUAUUGAAAAAAAAGACUAUUGGUAAUUAAUACUCGGAAUGAUUUCAUGUGAACGACCAUGUCAAUUCGCUUGGAUGUAAGGCUCGUUUAAAGCAAUUAUUAAGGAUUUGGUUAAUCGUGCUUAUUGUGUAACGAUAUGCAUAUUUAAUGACAAUGCUAUAUUAAAUAUGUAUAAAGUGUAAUACAGUUGUAUUACUAGAAAUACUGUUUACAUUAAAUGUCUGUAUUGAUAGAAAAAAAGGAACACACAUUAUGGACUUUUGUAUUGCUUUUGGUCGCAAAACAAUCGAAAUGUGUAAUAUGUUUGCAUGAACUUGGUAUGGCUACUAAGGUAUUUGUAAAUGAUGAAUGAGCAUUUGAAAACAUAUAAAUGACAACGUGCGUCAAAUUUAGUGGUUAUAAUAUAACAUCAUAGUAAAACGUUGAAUGUUGGAUUGUUCGGUAAUGGACUGACAAUAUAUUUAUAUUUUACAAACAAAGCUAGUGAAAAGCGGUACCACUGGCCGUUUAAAACAACUUUUUCACAACGAAAAUGUCUGUUCAAUCUAUUUCACUGCAAGUUCCAAAAGUGAAAAAGAAACGAUGGGGAAACCCGAAACCAGGAGAGAGCUUAAAGAUGCUUGCGGCUGGGUCGCUGGCAUUCGCCAAGGCGUACAGUUCCGUGGAGAAACUGGAGCACGAGCUGGAGGCGGAGCUGCAGAGGGACAAGGACAACGACCCCGAGAGAGGGGAGGGCAUUCACAAACUAAGGCGGAAAGGCGGCAAGAUGUUGCUCAGCAAGUACACGCUCCUCUUCAUCGUUGCACUAAAUAUACUUGACUGCGCCUUGGUUCUUGGAGAACUCAUUCUAGAUUUGCAUCACGUGAAAGAUAUCCUCUUUGAUUCACAGCAGUCAUCCGAAUACUUUUUGGAACAACUAAAGCAACAGUAUCCGAAUCAGUUUUCCAACAUACCACUGAGUAAACUAGAUUUGGUUUACGACAAAAUCCUGGAAUCCCAGCUGUUUUGGGGUUCAAUUGCAAAUGAUUCAACAUUAGUGGGAUAUACACAAAUGGCCAUGGACAAUAAAACGUUACUAAUGAACACGAUGACGGCGUCGAUCCUGACACAUGAGAACGCACCAGGUGAUAUCGGGUUAAACGUCUCUUUGCCAGACAAAAGGGGGACAGAUCGAAGUAAUCAAGUCGAAGAAGACGCUGGCGAAUCUGCCAUCAGAAUGGUUGGAUACGUAUUCCAUAAAAUUAGCUUGACAAUCAGCGUGAUCCUGGUGUCAUGGGUUUUGUUAAAGAUCAUUUGCUUCGGUCGCAAUUUACUACACAGACGGCUGGAGGUGUUCGAUACAGUUGUGAUAUUAGCGUCUUUCGUCGUGGACAUGAUAUUCGUGAAAGGACUUUCCAUGUACACACUCACGCAGUUUGUGUAUAUUCUAGCGUUCAUGCUUCCCUGGCGAGUAAUAAGGGUCACUAAUAGUCUGGUGAUGGUUGUGAAAGACCAUGAAACUAUUCGCUUGAAAAUGCUGUUCACACAAAAGAAGAAAAUAGAAAACGAUAACAAACAACUUCGGGCGGAGAGGGAAAACUACAAGGAACAAGUCGAUGCAUUGAAGAAACUUUGUCUCUCGGAAGGCAUUGACGACUGGAAAAUAUUUCAAAGUUUAGCUCGGCAACAGAUCAAACCUGGUGGAAAAGGGGCAAUGGGGUCAUUUGCAAGUUUGGCGUUUGGGGCUUUUGGGAACAAGUCCGGUAGUUUUUGGUCCGUUCUUGGAACGCCUAAAAUGCGAAGAGGAAAGUCAGAGGACAUCUUGGCGGGUAAUAAAAUUGUUCACUCCAGCGAUACCACCGUGCAGAGUGAGAAGAGACAUAGUAAAGGGAAACUGCUUGGCUUCCUCGGAUCGUCAGCUGAUUACUUGCGUGGCAAGAUUAACAGAAAUGGCCAUCAUACAUCGCUUGAUAGUGAUAGUAUCCAAACGCACUUUAAGUCUAGUAUCCCAAUGCAGCAAAACGGUCAUAUCGGAAAAAGACUGGUGCGAGGGGAGACAAUUGAUACCCUAUCUACCGAAUCUAACGAUGACAUUACCGACCGUAACUGCAACGUGGAUGAUUUGUCAAAGCAAGAAACGGUCGAGUCUAGCGUUGCGGAAGCAGACUUUUCGAACGCGGCUUCACCAAAAAAUGACUUGGUGUUUAUGCACAGAGCACAUAGUGAUAGUGUGGGAACAAGACCUCCACUGCAGCAUGGCAGUCGUUUACUAGACAGUCUGGAUUCCAUGGACAUACAAAGACGGGCUUCGUUCGGUGCCAUGGACUCCUUAACUGUACAUUACCGCAAUCCAUACAACCAUUCGUGUUCUAUUAAUAACAUUGAUGGAAAAAAUCAUGGAAAUGCAUAAAAGUUGCAAUGAAGGGCAAUUUUUAUGCCGUAGACUGCAAGUAUAAAUACGUCAUGUACAAAUGAAUGUGUUAUAUAUUGUAUUAUAAAAUAUUAAGUUCAACGUAACAAAUGGUCUGCUUAACCGAAAAGAUGUAAAUACUAUUUUAUUCUAAACGUUGUCACUUAAAUUGUGUGUGUUUAGUUUCAUACCAAUUUCUUUUAUAUAUAUUCAUAAUAUAUCAUGAUUAUUUCACACCGAGUUUUAAUGUGUAAGAAUCACUUGUUUUAUUUAAGUAAAACAUGUAGUUGGCAAAAUAUGCAUUUGCUUAAGUAUUACGCUUAUCACCUUAACACAUUUUUUUCAUUGAUAGUAAUUUACUUUCAUGUUUGAAAACAACACAGUUUGUAUCGUAAAACUAGGAACAAUCAACGCAAAUAUAUGUUCGAACCGGAGCACGGUCAAAUUAAGUGUAUUGCUAGUAUACGGGUUUACAUUUCUAAUACUUCAAUCGGAUAUUUAUUUCAAUAUCGUUAUGUACAUAAAACAGAUAUUUAUUGACCGAUAAACAUCAAUACUGACAAAAUUGUUUCGAAAAGAUUUGUAUUAAGUUAUAUUAAUUAAAAAUAAAACACAAUACGAUAUGAAACAUAAUAUUAUAACUGUCGUACAAAAAACGGAUGAUGACAUUGUUGGCAUGAGAAUCAUAGACAUUGUGACAUUACCUUAUCGUUGAUGGUGUUUGAGAAAAAAUAGUUGGGUUUAUUAUUACUUUGAAGUCAUGUGUUUUUUCAUAUAUGUUUACAUAUGCAAUUAUAUAAUAUAUUGCGUGAACAUUGCUCUGACCAUACUUAACUCAUAUAUUUUCUUCUUUAUUAAUAAACCAUUAAUUGCA